AUGUUCCGUUUCCGAAUAGCAGAAGACAUCGUUUCGCGGGAACCAAUCACGAGUGUGAUUCAUCUCUCGUUUUUGGUGUUGCUUCUGACGUGCACAACUACUUUGGGUGGUGGAAGUUCGUGUUUUUAUUGUAAAUUUUACAAAGAGAAUGGCAGCACAGUGGAUACGAAAUGCAGUUCCGAAAAUCGGCAGUGUCCGUUUUUAUAGUAGUAAAGUUCACAAAUGUACCCUUAUUCCGGGAGAUGGUAUAGGACCCGAAAUUUCUCUCGCUGUUCAAAAAAUUUUUGAUGCUGCUAAGGUUCCGAUAGAAUGGGAAUCUGUAGAUGUAACACCUGUAAAAGGUCCAGAUGGAAAAUUUGGUAUUCCUCAGGCAGCCAUUGAUUCAGUUAACAGAAAUAAAAUUGGUUUAAAAGGACCAUUGAUGACACCUAUAGGAAAAGGACAUAGAUCUUUAAAUCUUGCACUAAGAAAAGAAUUUAAUUUAUAUGCCAAUGUUCGACCAUGUCGUUCUCUAGAAGGUUACAAGACACUGUAUGAUAAUGUUGAUGUUGUCACUAUUAGAGAAAAUACAGAAGGAGAAUACUCUGGUAUAGAACAUGAAAUUGUAGAAGGAGUUGUACAGUCAAUUAAAUUAAUUACAGAAGAAGCUUCUAGCCGAGUAGCUGAAUUUGCUUUUCAGUAUGCCCAGGACAAUAAUAGGAAAAAGGUGACUGCUGUACACAAAGCAAACAUAAUGAGAAUGUCAGAUGGUUUGUUUUUAAGAUGCUGUAGAGAAGCUGCACAAAAAUUUCCUUCCAUUAAAUUUGAAGAAAGAUAUUUAGAUACAGUAUGUUUAAACAUGGUUCAAGAUCCCAGUCAAUAUGAUGUACUUGUAAUGCCUAAUUUAUAUGGUGAUAUUUUAUCUGAUAUGUGUGCUGGACUUGUAGGAGGACUUGGUCUUACACCAAGUGGAAAUAUUGGUUUAAAUGGUGCAUUGUUUGAAUCUGUGCAUGGAACUGCUCCCGAUAUAGCAGGUCAAGAUAAAGCAAAUCCUACAGCAUUAUUACUCUCUGCUGUUAUGAUGCUUAAAUAUAUGGGACUAAAUGACCAUGCAAGAAUUAUCGAAAAUUCUGCUUAUGAAACUAUUAAAGAAGGCAAAUGUUUAACAGGAGAUCUGGGUGGUACUGGAAAAUGCAGUGAAUAUACUGAUGAAAUUUGCAAGAAAGUUUCAACAUUAACGAAAUAGAUAAUGUAAAAUUUAUUGGAUAUAAACUGCCAAAUACUCGUAGAAAUAAUACAUUUGAGAUAAAACUGUUGUUUUUGGACAUCUCUGUAAUUAUUGUUUUCAAAAUUAUCUUCAAUGUACUCAGGAUGUAUCUGUAAUUUAGUCAAAUGAAUUGCAGAGGUUUUCAAUGUAGGCAAAGGAUGUCUUGUUCAUCUAUACACACUCAUUUAGAUAAUUUUUGUUGAGAACUUCAACUAGUUUAUUAUAAAACUUAAUGUUACUCAACUUCGUGGAUUUGUUAAUGUGUAAUAGCAUUUAAUACGAUUUUUUUUGCAACAAGAAUAUGCGUCGACUAUUCGCGUGUGUUGACUGAAUAUACAUAUAUGUAUGUUUGUCAUACUGUAUCAUAAAAAAA